CCCGUGUAGACGAAUCCACGUCGCUCCGCGUCCCACCCCCAAUACAAAGAACACCUCAGUAUUGUAAAAAAUCUGUGAUGUAUUGAUUAAUUCCAACGUUUCCCCUACGUUUAUGGAUUAAAGCGUUAUUAGUGAAGUGUUUAAACUAGUGUUCAAACGUUUUAAAACACGUAUUCGAUCGCUUUCGAGCGGCCACGUACCAUGGAAUUUUGCUUUAUCGAUGAAUAGAAUCUUACAGCGGACAAGAAAUAUGGUGGACUCGCAGCGUUGAAAACGGAUUUGGUUGUGUUUUAUGUGUAAAGUGUUGUGUUUUUAACAUGGAAAAAGCAAGAUAAUGUGUCUGUGCACGGAUUAUGGAUCGGUAGCGUCAGAACGGAUGGAUGCUAAAUAAUAUUUCGAUCGGAUAAUGCUGUGGUGAACUAAAGGCUACAGAAUGGUGUCCCUCGGAUAUCUCGGGCUGCGCCAAACGCCGUGGACUGUCAUCGUACUAAUAUUCUUCGUAGAAAGCGCUAUGGGGAACCUCGCAAAGAGUUUCUACAUCCAUUGGAACACAACUAACAGCAUAUUUAGAAUAGACAAUACAGAUCACGUCUUCGAUCUGAAUAAUGGCAAUCCCCAAUUCGAAUACGACCAAGUUAAUAUAAUAUGUCCUGUAUAUACUCCGGGGACUUUCGAGGAGGACACGGAGAAAUAUAUAAUAUAUAAUGUGAGUAAAGAAGAGUAUGAUACGUGUAGGAUAACUAAUCCAAAUCCACGUAUAAUAGCUAUAUGCGACAAGCCGCAUAAGCUGAUGUUUUUCACUAUAACGUUCCGCCCGUUCACUCCUCAACCAGGAGGCUUAGAAUUUCUGCCUGGUAAGGAUUACUACUUCAUAUCGACGUCUAGUAAAGACGAUCUGCAUAGACGGAUCGGCGGGCGUUGCCUGAGCCAUAAUAUGAAGCUGGUCUUUCGGGUGUGCUGUAAGCCUGAGGAGCAGUCGCGUCCCCCGCCGCAGCCUACCCCACCCCCGCCGCCGCCCCCGCCAUCUACCACAACAACCACGACAACAACAACAGUGAUGACUACUAUUAAGCCUAAGAAGACGCACAAGUACGACAAGACGCCUAACGAGGUUGUUAAGAGCGAGGAGUUGAGUUAUUCCCGUGGGGCGGCGCUGGCGUCUUCGCUAGCUCUAGCUCUGGCUGCGAGUGCUGUUUUAGCGCCACUGGCUCGGUGAAUGUGCGCCCGGACGCGUGCUCCGCGCCCAGACCUCCUCGGAAAACCAUGCCCUGCUCACACCACGCAACUGCACACGCUACAUCUCCGCCCCGACUCCCUAGUCUACUCGUGAACGGUUUGUGAACAGUGAACACUCAACGUGAUUAGUUUAAGUGUAUUGGGCCUACUAAUUAAUCUAUAAUACUGAGCUAGUUAUGGACUCAUUUAAAUAUAUAUAUAAUGUUAACAUGUAUAAUGGUAAAAUAGGUUUCUUAAACCAUUAGGUAUAAAAUGCAUUUUUUUAUAUUUUCAUUAAUGCAAUGAAGAUUGAUUACGACUUAGAAUCGGAUAGGGAUUAGGACGAAUUAGGUAGUUUGUAUUUAGUUCGAAAGACAAUUUUUUUCCUGAAAAAAUAUCUGUUAGAAAUUAUUUAUACGAAAAAAAGGGGGCAAGUUAUGAAAUUGUCCAGAAAUACUGUGAUUUUGGUUUUAUUUAGGAUGUAAUUAAAUCAUUAUGCUUUUAUUAUGUGAUAUAAGUCUACAUAUAUAUUGAAAAAUGCAAAUUUUCGCCUCAGAAUAUACUUUCUUUAACGACUGAUUUCGCAUUUCUGCUUUUUAUAGAUAAUUUUAAACGAGCCAACUAGUAAUAACUGCCUUGCUCGAUAUAAAACUAAUUUAACAACAAAAGUCUUGCCAAAACACCUAAAAUAAUAAUCAAGACUUAAAAAAAUCAAUGGUUUUAUCGUUGAUAUUCAUGAUUCCACAAUUAUAAACUGUUUGGGUGAAAUCUGUCAUUUGAGUCUACAAUUCUCUUAGAUAGAAUAAUUUUCUUAUAAAAGAUUCUGUCAAAGUAACAUGAUUUUCUUUGAUACAGAACCUUAAAUAUGAAAUGACACAAAAAUCUCUAGAAUUCUGCAAAUCAUUUUCAAAUAUUUGUACGAAAUUAAGAAGAUGAAGACUCAUUUGAAGCUGAUUGAGUUUCACAAACAAAUUGUGGAAUUAGUCCAACAAUAUGACAAUCGAAGAUAGCAACGAUUCUACAGUCUCAUUUUUGUAAAUUUUUACAACCCUUGCAGAAGUGGGACUAUCAAAAUCAUUGCAAAUUUUUAAAGGUUCAUAAAAAAACCAUUGACAUGGAGAUACAGCAUUUAACACACCGUGCCAUGAGUGUGUUGACAGACAAACAUACAGAUAGUCAAAUAGUCGAAUAGUUCAAAUAGUCCGGGUUCAGUUAGCCAUACGCAACUAGACAGAUAAUUUAGGUAGAAUUUAAGAACGGAACUGUUGGAUUUUAAACUAUACUAACUACAUUACCUGUUAACAUAAUUUAAAGAAAUAUAGGCCUAAAAUUACCAUAUUAGAGUCUGAGCGAUAUACUUAACUCUGAGCAUGGUUUUGCAACGAAAAAUGUGGCAUAUUUUGAGAAAAAAUAACAUCUACCAUGCCACUUCCAUAAUUUACUACCUACGUAAAAAUCAGUGCAAAAUUAAUUUCACAGACUUCUUACUAGGUUAGUUAGUUACAAAAACGUUAUUUUAAUAAGUGAGAUAUUAAACAUAACUAAAGUAGGAUGACAAUUUCUAUCAGUAGGUAGGAACUAUAUUUCAACUCCCAAAACUGCAUAAAUAGUACAAUAAAACCUAGAAUUUUAAACAAAUGGGAACUAGAAAAUCUAAAAUAAAAUUUAAAAAAACUAUCUGCUUGAAACUCUGUCACAAAAUCCAAAAGAUGUGACUUUUAGAGUCUCGGAGAUAUGGAUUUAACUAGUCUCAUAAAAAUACCAGGAAUGGUAAGCCUCUUUCAAAAUUUUACUACGAGAGAGUCUGUUAAAUAUAUAUGUAGUUAUAUCUAAACAAACUAUAAAAUCUGUUUUAUUAUGUCAAUUUAGGCUAUAGACGGCAUUUGGUCUGUAGAAAUCAUCAAUACAUUAAAACAAACAAAUCUACGAAUUUGAAAAUUGACACAAACAAAUUUGAUAAAUUCAAUAUUUUCUCGGUUGUUGGGCCAUUUUUGGUAAAUCUUUGAAUGGUCAAAACCAAUUUCAUUUAUAUUUAUUUAUACAACCAUCAGUUAUUGCGAUUUUAAGUAGUGUAGUCACAAAAUGGGCUUAUGCUAAUUUUAUUCAUUAAAAAUCGCCUAUUUUGAAUACCUAGUUAUUGAUAAUACUAAAUUUUAAUCAACGACUACUUAAAAAGGCCUAAAUUAAAUUUCCACUUUAUUUAUAUCUGUCAUAUUCAUUUUUCUUUACAAGUGUCACUUACGCCAAUUGUCUGUUACGACAAAACGGGGACCCGAACCCACGACCUAUGCUUGCACUGGGCCAACCGGCCAAACCCGUUACUUGAUUACAGUUAUUUGCAUUGGCCGCCAUCUUGGAUUUAGGGUGCCUUAUGAUAAUACUUUGGAACUCAAUAUCUCUUGAUCAGAAUGGCGAUUUAUUUCUUGAAAAUAUAGACCUGUCGUAUAAUUAAAAGUUGUUUUAAAUUUUAAACUGAUAUUUUCAUGGCUGGCAUUUUAUUUGACACAACAAACAGACAUCUAUAAGCUUUAGGGCUAUAAACUAUUUAAUCGGAAAAUUUUGUAUUUAUUUAUUUUGGACGAAUAAAAAAAAACAGCAUUAUAUCAGGUAACUUCUUUUUCGAUUUCGUAAAAAAAAGUCUACUAAAAUCUUUAAAGGCAUUCUCCAGAAUAUGCAGUUAAUAUAAUUUAUUGAUCCCCAUAUAAUCAAUUCAAUAUGAGACAGCAAAACUGACAGACAAAGAUAAAUGGUCCUCCAGGCCGUUUUUGACCCAUUCACAAAAGGAAUGGUAACAAUUAUAGAAGCAGGUAGAAACGUCCAAGAAAUUUGAGAAGAGCCCAGCAUUUGUAGGUUUAUUACUCUAAUUUAAAAAGUAAAAGUGGGACUCGAUGAAAUAGAACGGGAGUAUCCAAUUACAUCGGACAUUUUGUUUUUAAUUUGACAUCGUAAAACUAAUUGAAAACCGAGUUUUAAAAGACCUAUUUGCUAAAGAUGUAAAAGAAAAUAGCAAAGAAUUUAAAAAUAAUUUUGUGGUUUUUAUAGCUGUGUUUUGUGUUUAUACUUUCUUGAUAAGCAAGUAUAAUUUUGCACCUGAUGGUAUAAAUGCUAUAGUGGCUUAUAAACGCAACUAUGUUAGUGCCAUUUGUGUUGCCGAGACUUCAAAAACUUGUUUAAUCCUUUUUCGUAGAAGCCCAUACGUGUCUCUCGAGAAGCUUUUUUUACAUAUCUCAAUUUCUUACAUAUUUUCACACGAAAUGAUUUCGCUUACAGUAAAAAUCUACUGUAAGAAAAAUUCUUUAAGAAGAAAUGUUGUAAGUGAUGACAUAUUCAUUUUAAACGUUUAAUGAAAUGAUAUGUCAUUAAUUUACAAGAUACACAAGAUUUAUAACACGUAGAUUAAUGAGAAUAAUCAAAUUACGUUUAUUGGCUUCAAUAUACAGUAUAAAAAUGAUUAUAAACAUUAAUGGAAAGUACCUAAUAACUAUUAUCAAAUAAAAGUGUGCUUGUCAUGUUAGAAUUUAGAUACAAAGAAAACAACACAAAAUUUUCUUUGUAACUGAAUGAUUCAUGAGAUUUAUUUAAAUUAUUCACACCUAUUAUAAUUUUAAAAACUUGGCUUAGUUAUGAAAAUACUAUUCAGAUUUAUACAAUAUUCUAACACCAAUUGCUUAUAUCGUUAUAUAAUAUGCAAAAUUGUCGUAACCGCCAUUUUAAAAUCGUAAAAUCCAAACCAAAACUUCGUCAAAUUUGUUAAAACAACCUGAACGCUGACAUUGUCUUAAUGCAUUGUGUUCUAAACACAGCAUUAAUGCUCUUUUAUGGCCCCAGGCUAUUAAGCUUGCUUACCUUCUGAGUGGAUCUAUUUUCAUUUCAAACUAAACAAAAAUCUUGCAAAACCAAAACGUGGUAACUGACAUUGCUAAGGCAGUCAUUUACGUCAUUUGAAUUUUUGUAUGUUUGUAAAAUUUUAAAAGGAUAGUCAAGAUAUAUUUUAUGCUAACAAAAGUUUUGGAAUUUUGGUAUAAAGGUCACCCUCAAUUUUAGUGAAGGAACAAAACAAAUUGAAGCAAAUUAAUGGAAAUAUGUAGUUAAGACGUUCUGGAUAUUUUUAGUAAUUUGACAGAACAGGUAGAAUCAAUCUAAUCAAUUUACGCUUGUCUGGAUAAAGUGUGAGACGGUCAAUUGGCCAUCUUAAAGUCAUAAUUUCAUAGAAAGAAAACUUUGUGAUAACAUUUUCAUACUACGUCUCUGAUAAGCUUUGCGAAGUUAUUUUGACUCAACUCUAGACUACUUAGAAUAAAACAAGUUUUGCGUUAACUACAACGAAUUUUCAAUAUAAGUUACCUAAUGCUAAUAUUGAAUGUGAAGAUUUCUAAUCUUUUUGAAAUUCCCAAGACCUACUCAAAUAAAUUUACCUAAAUUGAAAACUUAGCAGACUAUUUUUCAAUUUUACUUACAAAUUGAAUAUUACGCUACGCAAACAUUUAAAAAUUGUUGAAUUCUUCAUUAAAACUUGUUUAUGUCACUAAAUAAACAACUAAACUGUGGAAUGAAUUGUCGCCUGCGGUAUUUCCGGACCGAUACGACCUUCAAAUCUUCAAGA